AUUAUUGUACAUAUCCAUUAAUGAUUAGCCAAGAUUCAAGAAUACCUCAAUUUGAUGUUAGGGCAUUCCAUUGCCAGAACCCAAACUCCAUUUCUGUGAAUUCUGAUUUCCAUUCUUUUCAUCGACCAGUCAUCUAAACCUUAAUGGAAAAACCCCAGCAAAGCCCUUUGUUGUCAGUGAACUUGUCACCCUGACUGACAUUAAAGCGCCUUGUGGGGCUUUGAGAGAGAAGGAUAAAGAGGUGAUCUUUUUCUUCUGCUUCCUCUUUCUCCUCCCCCCAGGAAAAGGGGGAAACAAGGAGAGAGAGAGGGGGAGUCAAUGGAGCUGGUACCAUAUUCGGAUACAAAGGAGUCUGAAUCAAACCCCAAUUCUUUCCCAGCAUGGGACGAAAUGUUCCGAUCUGCAUCCAUGAGAAAACCCGACGAUCCAUUGCCUCAGAACCCGAAGCCACAACCGAAAACUGGCCAAGAAAGCCCUUUAGCUCGUCAGGAGUCUUUGUCUGGGGACUCGCAGGUACGCCUUGCUAUUUACAUAGCCAUGGCACACGCUGGGCUUGCUCUCACAAUCUUCAUUUUGUAUGGUGUGUGUAAAAUACUUGAAGAAUACUUGAGGCCAAUUCUCUGGGCUGUGCUGUGUUCAAUCCCUUUGAGGGGAAUCCAGCAGACCCUUGUUGGGUUUUGGUCUGAGCCUCUGAAAUUGGGGCUCACUGAGACCUUUCUGGCUAUCCCUGUUGCCAUUUUCAAGAUCUUUGUUGGUACCCUUGUUGAGAUUAAGGAGAUGGUGGCCAGGAUUGUGCUAAGGAGGAGAAAAGUUACUGGCUUUAGGCAUCAGAGAACUGGGUUCUUCAUAGUGCUGAGAUGGCUUGUGUCUUUUUGGGCUUUUGUGAUGACUUAUGAGUAUCUUGGGGGCAUUGCCUCUCUGGGACUUCUUGCAUUGGGGUUUAUGUUUUCGGCGUCUGGUUUAGAGUCUACUAUGAGCACAGUUAGUUCUUUUAGGAGUCAGAGCUUUCGCCGCUUUCCCAUUACUUCUUUCUUCACUAGGGCAGUAUUGAAGAAGCUGAAAAUCAUUGUGGCCAUUGGAUUGAUUGUUGGGAUGAGCGUUGGUUCUCUGGCCGGUGUGAUAUUCUUUUCGUAUAAGAUUGGGGUGGAAGGGAAAGAUGCAGUGUUCCGGGUGCAAUCACACCUAGUGGAGAGUAAUUAUGCAGAGAGAAUCGGUCUUAAGAAAUGGAUCGACGAAAACGAUGUGCCUGCAAUGGUUGAUAAGUAUACUACUCAGGUAUACGAGACCGUGUUUGAUCAGAUAGAUAGCUAUGCAAUGCAGUACAAUAUGACCGAAUUUGUUUCGGGAAUUAAGCAUUUCUUGAGGGUCGAGUCGGAUAACUCUUCCGGGCGGUCCACAGGUCUGGUAUCGCCCUCUCCAUAUUAUGAGAAAAUCUUGAACCUUAAGGGGUGGGUUAGGAAUCGAGAAUGGGGGAAAAUUUAUGCAGAAAUGGAUGGGAUUUUCCGGGAACUGCGAGUUUCCCGGGAGGACAUGGUAGUUAAGGCGAAAGGGCUUGCCUUACAAGGAGCAGAUGUGAUGCAACGUGUAGUAUUUAGCGGUGCAUCUGUUCUGGGCGGGAGUGCAAAGGUUAUGUUCGUGGUGGCGGAUUCCAUAAUUUCUGGUGCUGCGGGUGUGUUCAAUUUCGUGUCUCAGUCGAUGGUUUUCCUAUGGGUGCUUUAUUAUCUUAUUACAUCGGAGUCUGGCGGGGUGACAGAGCAAGUAAUGUGUAUGCUUCCCAUUUCGCAUUCUGCCCGGGGUCGCUGUGUUGAGGUUCUUGACAAAGCUAUUUCGGGCGUUCUUUUGGCUACUGCCGAGAUUGCUUUUUUUCAAGGGUGUUUGACUUGGCUACUCUUUAAGCUGUUCUCGAUACACUUCUUGUAUGUGUCGACUGUACUUGCAUUUAUCAGUCCCCUGUUUCCGAUAUUUCCUUCUUGGCUUUCGACAAUUCCAGCAGCACUGGAGUUUCUUUUGGACGGAGAUUACAUUUUUGCCGUUAGCUUGUCCAUCAUUCAUCUUGUGCUUAUGGAAUAUGGUGCGAAUGAAAUUCAACUGGAUAUUCCGGGCUAUAGUGCAUAUCUCACCGGUCUCAGCAUUAUUGGUGGAAUGGCAUUGCUCCCAUCGGCUGUGGAGGGAGCAAUAAUAGGGCCAUUGGUAACUACCGUUGUGAUAGCCCUCAAGGAUUUGUAUGUGGAGUUUGUUCUCGAGGGAUGGAAGGAAACUCUGGUGGAUUAAGAACAACCAUCGUUUGUUUGUUUUUUAUUCCACGCGGCUCAGGCGCAGAUUUGAAUCCCACCGGGAACUCGGGAAGAAAGCUAGCUGCAUUUAUGCUUUACUAAUUUAUGCAAAACCACACAAGGCUCGCUUUUCAGAUUCGAUCUUCCCCCGUGUAAGGAUCUUCAGUCACCCAUGGCAGCUCCAAUGUUUUCCUGUGUUGUAUCACAAGUGUUGUGUUUGUUGAAUGGUUAGAGGUUUCAGAACUAUUUUCUAUAGGUUUAAGGGUUGUGGUUGUGGGUGUCAGUGUUGGUGUGCAGUUCUAGUUAUACAUUU